GUCUAUGAAGGAAGGGGUGGAGCUGGGGGUGGGGAGAGGAAGGGCCCCUAAAGACAGGUCCCACACAGCUCUGAGAGCCACACUCGCUGUCUUGGCCAUCCACCCAGAGGCUGCUCCAACCUCAGAUCCAGACCGCCUGUGCACUGGCUUCCACAAUGGGCUCUGAGCUGGAGACUGCCAUGGAGACCCUCAUCAACGUGUUCCACGCCCACUCGGGCAAGGAGGGGGACAAGUACAAGCUGAGCAAGAAGGAGCUGAAAGAGCUGCUGCAGACGGAGCUCUCUGGCUUCCUGGACACCCAGAAGGACGCUGACGCAGUGGACAAGGUGAUGAAGGAGCUGGACGAGAAUGGAGACGGGGAGGUCGACUUCCAGGAGUACGUGGUGCUGGUGGCUGCGCUCACCGUGGCCUGUAACAACUUUUUCUGGGAGAACAGCUGAGCAGGCGGCCCCAGAGCAGCGCCUUGCCCUCCACCCUGCUUGCCUCACCCCAGCUAGGCCUCCCCACACUCCCACUUUGCCUGUCCCCUCCACACACCAAGGAGCAGGAGUAGCAAUCCAGCGCAGCAACUUGUCUUCAUUAAAGGCUCCUCUGCCAGC